AUGAGUUCUUGGAUAUUCAAGUUGUUGCUUACGCAACUUUUUCUUGUGUUGAUUCAGCAUGCUGAUUCAAGCUCCAUCAUCAGAUAUCUCCCUGGUUUUGAAGGCCCUCUUCCUUUUGAGCUUGAAACCGGGUACAUUGGUGUUGGUGAAGCUGAGGAAGAUCAAAUGUUCUACUACUUCAUCAAAUCUGAGAGGAACCCAAAAGAAGACCCUCUUCUUGUCUGGUUAACUGGAGGACCUGGCUGCUCUUCUUUCUCUGGCCUUGUUUAUGAGAAUGGUCCUCUUGCUUUCAAGGUUGAGCCUUACAAUGGAAGUAUCCCCUCUUUGGUGUCUACUACAUAUUCAUGGACUAAGGUGGCGAAUAUAAUCUACUUGGACCAGCCUGUUGGGACUGGCUUCUCCUACUCAAGAAAUCCACUUGCUGAUAUACCAAGUGACACAGGAUCAGCUAAGCGGGUCCAUGAGUUUGUUCGUAAGUGGCUAGACAAGCAUCCUGAGUAUUUCUCCAAUCCUUUCUAUGUCACCGGAAACUCUUAUUCCGGUAAGGUAAUUCCGUCCAUUGUUCAAGAAAUCUCAAAUGGAAAUUAUAUAUGCUGCAAACCUCAAAUAAAUCUCCAGGGUUAUGUGCUCGGAAACCCGUUAACAGACUAUGAUCUUGAUUUUAACAGUCGCAUUCAAUUUGCUCAUGGAAUGGCACUCAUCUCUGAUGAACUUAAUGAGUCGAUGAAAAGAAGCUGUAAAGGAAAACUUUUUAAUGUGGAUCCUCUUAACACAGAGUGCUUGAGACUCGUUGAAGAUUUCAAGAAGUGUGUUUCAAGAAUAUAUGAAGAACUUAUCCUAGAAUCAAAUUGUGACUCUACAUCUCCUAAUUGCUAUACGUAUCGCUAUUUGCUAUCUGAAUACUGGGCUAAUAACGAGAGUGUACGCAGAGCACUUAAAGUGGUGAAGGGGACUAAAGGGAAAUGGGAACGAUGUGAUUAUAAUGUGCGUUGCAAUAAAGACAUAAUAAGCAGCAUACCAUACCAUAUGAAUAUUAGCAUCAAAGGCUAUCGAUCUCUCAUCCUCAGUGGUGAUCACGAUAUGACAAUUCCUUUCGUUUCAACGCAAGACUGGAUAAGGUCAUUAAAUUAUUCCAUUAUUGAGAAAUGGAGGCCAUGGAUGAUAAAUAAUCAAGUCGCUGGAUACACCAAGACUUAUGCUAAUAGGAUGACAUUUGCCACUGUUAAAGGAGGCGGACACACGUUAGAGUAUAAACCAGAGGAGAGCUCAAUCAUGUUCAAGAGGUGGAUAAGUGGCCAACCUCUUUAAACUCAGAAACCUUAAUCUUUAAUCAUCUGAUUAAUGUUGACGCCAAAAGUGUUUGUUUUGUUUGCUGAUGAUUCAUAGAGCGACACAUUUUCAAAUUAUUAAUUAAUGUUUUUGUUUUACCUCUGUUUUGGACCAUUUAUUUAGUAAGAUUGUUGACUA